CCCCAUAUCACCCAUUGACCAACCAUUAACAAUUAGAUUCAUUUCAUUAUUAUCCAGAUCAGGUCUGGACAAGCUCUUUGACAACGAAUAUUUGGCGAUGAAUAUAUAUGAUAUUAUCCUUCCCUUAUUUGUACGCCCGUUCUGCUGAAAUGGUUCCACCUACCAUUAAGUACUUGAGAAGAUUAUUAUACAGGCCCUCUAUUUAUAUAAGACAAAACCUAGCUAUCCUCAGUAUGGAUCAAAACUUGCUACGACUGUUUUUCGACAGUCCGGUCGAAAUCCAGGUCAUGAUUCUCGGUCAAUUGAGUAUAGAUGAGUUAGAGAAAGCGCUCUCGGUAACUCCACAGCUUAUGGAGGUGAUUGUCCAAGAAUUCCCUUCAUUUGUUAGAUUAUUGUUCGAAGAAUACCCCAAUAUGCCUUACACCUUAGAGAUACGGCAUCUUGUAUAUCAUAUCGUUUCUCUUGGAGCCUCGUCUGAGCUGCCCUUCAUGGAUUCGAAGAAGGGCCCACAGAUGUACGCUAACUGGAUUAAAGAAUUUUCAAAUCGAAGCGACGAUACCAUGCUUCCAGCUAUCCCUCGCACUCUUGCGAGCUUGAGCCGUAUCCAGCUCUUACUUCAAACCGUUGAAAGCUGGGUAGGCCGACUUCACUUCAACUUCUCUAGGUCGUAUCCAUCUCAAGAUCCCCAAAGUUUUGAGACGUUCCUCAGAACCCAGGAAAUGGUCCUAUUACACGGAAGUGAUAGUCAGGAUGAGCAUUCCUUUUCAGCCGUUGAAUCGUACCGCAUUCGCCGGGCUCUCCUCCUAUAUGAACUCUAUUGUACACUUUUCUUUUACUAUAAUCAUAAUACACCAAACCGUAAAAAACGCGACGGUAGAGUUCCUGAGCAAAUGCUAUUCUUUCAGUCACUUCAGCCUUUUCUCCUGGCAGAAUUAGAUGCUAUAUAUGGAAUGAUCGAGGGUUACCUGGAUUGGAGUUGGCGUCUUUACGAGAUACCCUGCCGCGUCUCGUUACCCCUGUAUCCUGGACGUGGCGUAAGAUCUGCUGGAGAAACACUCGAAUUUAUUAUGAGCAAGGGGUUGGAAUCGUUAGCGCGAGAGGUCUUUAAUCCUAGAUUCAUGCCGGAGGGAUAUACCGACGAAGUUGCGAUCCACAUGUAUUGCCUCCGAUGCAUGUCGCAAAACCCAACGGGAAACUCAUUUUUUACAACGCCUCUGGGAUACUGUUCUAGCGACUACCAAGGUAUAGAUUGCAUCCGGAUCCCCACCAUGAUUCCUACAAGUAUGGUAUCCUGGAGGGGCGCCCCUGAUAGGACCAAUGGCCCGUCAUGGUUAUAUCGAACUUACUUCGACCCUGAUGAAAAGGAAAACAGAGAUAGAAUCGAGGCAUUGAUCAAUAAGGAUCCUCAUAACUGGAUGGGUCUUGCGUUUUGGGAAGAAGACCGUCUGAACCGCCACUUCAAAUUGACCGAAGAGGCUAGGAUUUCUGGUAUUGAUCCAAAAUUUCAAAGAUCGGAUUACGAACUCACAAACGGCCCAACCGAUGCGUAUAGGGAGUGGUUAAUAUUUAUGGAUGUCCCAAAUGUAGGAUAUAUAAGUACACAAUUACCAGAGUCAGCUGCUGCCAUCUACCGAUCAACUCUGGGAUAAUGGUUGGCAAUAGCGGCUAUUUAAAGACCGACGAACUCCCUGAUCAACAAACGACAGUUAGGGCUUCGAAACAAUAGGAAUUCUCAUGUGGUUUUUAUUAAACCUCCUUUUUUACUUCACUUCGAUAUAUUACUCUUUGAUAAUUGAGAAUGGAACUUUGAAUCCCUAUCCCAACGGGACAUGCUCAUUUUUGGAUGAACACAUUUUCUUAUUUGACUCGACCCAAUAACUACCGCUAUUAACCUAGUUAGAUAUAUUUACAAACUGUUUGUCACUAUAAAAA